GGGAUUUAUAGAUAAGGAGUCCCGCACAUAGCUCAAUUGUUGUUAUAAAAGUUGUCCUCAAAUAUUACAGGCACAGUGUUAAUCGGAGGUGUGGCGAUCAUGCUGCAGGCUUCUCUCCUCUUUCUUUGGUUUUUCUUGUCAUCUGUCAUUUCCCUUCAAACAUGAAGGAAGCGUCUCUUCUGGUGUCAGGUAAAGAUCUUCACAGCUUAAUCUUCUUCUUCUUUCUGUAUCAUCAUUUCACUCUGGGAGGUGUGUAUUAUUUUUUUGGUUUAAUAAGAUAUGUGAAGAUGGAGAGGAUUCACCAAAGUAGUGACUGCUGAGUGACAGUUUAUUCUGUCACAAUGGUUUUUUCAACACGUGCAUAAUGGUCCCAUUUCUCUCUCACUUUCUUCUUGUCUUAUCUCGCUCUCAUAAAACGUUUUUCUUUAUUUACAGUUCUGUUGGCUGUUGCUUCCUCCUGUACUGUCGAGGAAUUCACCUGUAAAUCUGGAGAAUGUGUUUCUGCUCAAGUCCUCUGUGACUUCAAGAGGGACUGUGGAGAUGGCUCUGAUGAGGAGUUUUGUGGUACGAUAACAGAAACUUCUCUGAAUCAAGUCUGAUUAUUUUGACUGUAGGUCUCGAAUGCAUUGUGAAGGUAUUUGCUGUUAUUGACAGAAUAACCAAAUAGAGAAGCAACAAAUGAAAAUACAUGUAUAAAUAAUGAAGUUUAGAAUCCAUUUCAUAUUUUUCUUUUUUUCGUCGUGCCACUCUUCUUGUUUAGGGUCAUGUAAUUUCGAGAAUCACACCUGCGGAUGGAAAAACGCCAGCAGUGAUUCCUACAGCUGGAGCCGGCAGGUAGCAAAUGUCACCACAGUACCUGGACAGGACCACACCACAGGGGGACCAUGGGGUAAAUAUUAACCUGCAGUCACUUUCUGCUGAAGGUGUUCCCGUGUUGAUAAUCCACAGAAAAUGUGUCCGGCUGCCUCGUAAAUCCCAGCUGAUGUUGUUAGAUUAGAUUAUCCUGUGGUACGGUUGAGUUCUUGGAUCUGAUUGGUUAUCACAAAGGCAGUUUUUAGAGCAGCAGUUUGCUAUUGCAAGAAGGCAAACUGUGAUUAAGGGUGCUGCUUCAAUUACAGACCCAGCAGACUGACUGUUAUUGCAUGGAAUCAAUAAAAGAGAUGAAAACAGCUGAAAAGAAAACCAUCCAUGUAGGCGGAUGAAGUUAAAACUGAAGAUGGUGUAUCAUGCAGAACAUAGUGUGGACUAAGAGGAUAAGUCAUGUGGUGCUGCUCACAUUUUUUAAUGAAUCCAUGGUAGAAAUGUGAUUAAAGUCCCACUCCAAUCUUUUUUUACUACUUAAAGUGUUCUCGGUGGUCUUUAAAUUAUGAUUAUGAAGUUUUUAGCCAAAAUCACACUACCUGUGUCAUUUUCAAGGGAUUUCCUUCUGCAGAGCUCCAGUAGAUCAUUAGCAAUUCGCCUCUGAGUUGUGGGCGGAGACAGCGCUAAACUGCACACUCCUCUUCAUGCUAGCUUUCAGCCUAACAUUGCCGGUGUAGUGGAAGAACCAGGUAACAUAGGAGUUAUUCAGCUACAUAGGAAAUCUCACUGUUUCUAAACCUGCCAUUUGGAUCUGACAGAGGUUCACAGGGAUUUGAAUGCAGAAAUACUCAGAAAUGCAAUUUCACAGUUUUCUCAUGAUAUGUCCUGUAGCAUCGGAAAAAUGCCAUAUGAACAUGUUGACAACAAGAAAAACAUGAUUUACAUGUUUGGGGUCUUCAGUUAAAUCCUUUCAAGAAGGUUACACAGUAAACCUUUGCUGUUGCUAAGGAUGCAGCUACACCUGUAAAUGUAACAAACCACUUUUAAAAAAAACUAUUUUAAUACUUUGAUAGGUGAAAUAAUAGCCAUAGACACACUUGCUGAAAAAGAUUGAUUUCUCAGGUAAGUAGUUGUAUAAUAAAAUUGGGAUUAUGUGUAGCUGGUGGGUUGUUAUAAUAGAGGAAAAACCCUGAUUGGUGAUAUAACAGUUAUUUCUUAUUCCUCUACAUGACAGGACACGUCAUGUAUAUCAACGGCACAAAAAGUGGUUUUUUUUCAAAGGCUAUCUUGGAGCAUGAUGUUGACAACCUGGCUGCUUUGGGCUGCCAGAUAAGGUAUGAAAAACAUCCCUCUGGUUUCACCGCAUUUGUAUUUAAUAGUUCUCCUUAACUUCACAUGUAGUUAUUGUGUUUUGUGAAAUACUAGUUCAUAUGUUUCAGCUUUUGGUACCACAUUUACGACAACAAGUCUUCCUCCUCCUCAUCAACUUUUGAACUAACAAUGGUUCGAGGCCUCACAACGGCAAAGCUGCAUGAGAUAUCUAAAAGCCACACAGACAAUUGGGAGAAAUCCACGGCCUUCAUUGGUAAUCAGCCAGGAGGAUAUAAGGUAUGUGAAAUAUCCUGUAUUUUUCAGGCUUUACACAGACUGCAGUGCAUACAUGAAGAGAAUAAACAUGGUUAGAGGAAGUUUGUGAAACUUUGUGGUUUCGAGUUAGACAGAUCUGAUCAGGACAAUAAGAACUAAAAAUGAACAUGUUGUUAGCUUCAGGGUUACUUUUCUGAGAUAUGUCCUUUGCCCUCUAAGAAUAACACCCAUAACCUCAGAGAGAAAUCAGUAAAAAUAUCGUCAAUAAAAGGGCAAUUCACUUGCGCUUCAGUCAUAAACUGACGGCUCAUUCUGCCAUAUUUUAUUGUGCCGGUUUGACAAAAUAUAAACGCACAUAUGCGGAAAAUUCAUUCAAGUAGUGGCCCACAAGAUACUCCAAUUAAUCUAUAAGGUAAAAAUGAACCAUUUGAAAAUUAGCCUUUGUCUGUACAUGUGUAUAUCCCCUCCUCUAUUUCCUUAUCCUGCUUCUGCAUGAACUGCAAAUAUAAAGUGUUAUGAGGAAAGAAUUAUGGCACCUUUAACUCUUUUAUGUGUUUGGUAACUGUUUAGUGUCUUGAUUCAGUUUGGAUCCAGGAUGUAGCUCUCCUAAACUUAGAUUACUGUACCCCUUAUUUUAUCAUAUCUUUAUCUACCCUACAUCCUCUGGUUACGUAACAGCUAAUUUCCUCCAGGGGAAGCAAUAAAGCACCUAAAAUCUAAUUGUCUUACUCAACUGUAUAAUAACUUGAUUCAUACUUAUCAACAGAAUUAUGUUACAUAAACUAAACGGGCCAUGAAGUGCUGAGAAAUCUCACGCUCUGGUUGGUUUGAGGGUCAGGGAAAAUGAAGCUGCCACACUAAACCUCUGUUAUCUGUUACUUCCUGUAACACUGAUUCUCAAAUCAACAUCAGAGUGAACUUUCCUCUCUCUCUUUAUAGCUGCAGUUUUCAUUCAGCCCUCCGUUCUUGGAUGUCAAAGAUGUGAUGCUGGAUGAUAUCAGCUUUGAGUACUGCACGGAGGGAGAAAUCCCCCCCGGAUCAGACCAGCUGUCAUGUGAUUUUGAAAAGGACACCUGCUCAUGGUACCACGAUUAUACAGCCAGCCUGUUGUGGAAAAGGAAUCAGGGAGGUUUUGUUGGCCCUGCUGGUGAUGGUGAGGAUCCUUUAAACAGUGAAAGAUACUUUGGCUUGAAUCAUCUCAGAACUUCAGUAAAAUAAAACGCACCCUUGAAUCUCAAGCCCCAGGAGCCUGAAACUCUUGUAUGUGUUGAUGAUUUGAUUAUUGACAUGCAUAUCUCAUUAUAAGCAUCACUUAUAGACGAGUUACAACGUGCAUUUUCUUAUGUUGCACAGAUCAGCUCGAGCUCUAAAGGCCCUGAAAGUGUUUGCCCUGUUCUGACCAGCAAGUUGUAAAUCAAAGCAUUAUUUAAGCUCCUGUGACUGUUUUCACUUUCUGGUUUAAAAUAUUUCCACACUUCUGACAUUUUAGCCUUUUUGUGCUAAGCUACUCUCUUGUUUGCAUUCUGCUGCAAAUUGCUCUCAGUUUAUAACACUUAUGUUAAACUCCCAAUCUUCAUUCAGUUAAAAAAUGUCCACAUCAGCUCUGAUCCGAUUGCUAGGAUUGGGACGGUCCUAGUUAUGAAGUUAAAAAUAUCUUUAUUCUCCAAUGUCAAAUCCUUGCAUCCAAAUAUUUAGUUUUCAGUCUUUUUUUGGCAAAAAAUUCAAAUGGCAUAACUAUAUGUGACCUUAAUCUAAAGCUGUAUAAAAAAGCUGACACUUAUCAGUAUCCUAACCUUUUUUUCCCUCCCUACAGGUUACUACAUGCUCAUAAGUGCUAAAUCUUCAACUAUCUCAUCAAAAGCAAGACUCGUCAGCUUCCCCCAGCCUGCAGAUCGAGCCAUAUGCGUGAGCUUCUGGUAUCACAUCUUUGGCAACAGCAUAGGUAUGUAUCACACUAAAACUGUGCUCCCAAACAGUGUUUCAGCGGUGAUCAGGGGAUACACAAAGAAUUAGGCAGCUCUAUCUAUCAGCUCUAUAUCUGCUUCUUUUUAGGUUCUCUGAAGUUCAUAGCAAAGUACUCUGAUGAGGCAGAGACGGUUGUGUGGAUGAGAAGCGGCACGCAAGGAAACAAAUGGAGAUUCGCAGAUUUGACCUUCAACAGUGACAAACCGAUACAGGUAUUCAAUCAUGACAAAGACGUCCUGUUGAAAAUCAUUUAGGAUAUUUAGACAUCUCAUCAUGAAAAGCUUCAAUCAGGAUGCAGACGUUGAGCUCAUAUCCUUGUUGAUUAUUGUUUUUGUGUCACAGUUUAUCAUAGAAGCUGAGAACGAUGGAGACCAAGGCAGCAUUGCCAUUGAUAACAUAAUGGUUACUAGUGGUGAGAAUGGAUCCUGCCCUGCAGAGAGAGAGUGCACCUUCCAGGGCUCCCUCUGUGGUCUUCUGCCCCAACCGUCUGCAAACUUCACCUGGAAACGCAGCAGUGGUUCAACCAAACCCUCGAACUCCUCAGGUCCCUCCACAGACCACACCCUGGGGACAGAGCAAGGUAUUAUAUGAACCUAUGUUGUCUAAUGCAAUAUUUGCAUAUUUAUAAAGCCUUUUAAAUGCAUCCAUAUCUAUCUAGGUUAUUACCUGAGCGCCCAGCUGUGGAGUCACCCAGAGGGGUCCAGGGGAGGUGUGAUGACGGCGCUGAUGGAGCCCACGCCUCCUGAAGGAGAGUGCUUAAUGUUCUGGUACCACAUGGAGGGAAGUGGAGUGGGGGAACUUAAUGUUAACCUACAAACCCCUGACAGCCACACACCUGCAGCCCAGCUCUGGACCAGGAGAGGAGAUCAGGGGAAGCACUGGAGGCACGGCAGAGCGACACUUCUCAGUCCAAACAGCCAGUAUCAGGUACGCUGAGUUACACCAACCUGGAAAUGAGUUAAUAACAGGUAUUUGUAGUGAGUGAUAAAUAAUUAUCAAUCAAUGCGCAUUUAAAAGAAGAAUUAAAAGUCUUAUCUUUUGAAUUAAUAUCUCUGUAAAUUAUAAUGAUUUAUAAGCUCUAUCUAAAUGUUUAUCCCUUAAGUGCCUUUUCUCUUUUUUCUGUUUGCUGUAAAUUUAAUUUGGGGAAAUUGUAGUUUUGAUUUCACAUCUUAACAGUUAAAUCUCACUGUGAAACAGGUGCUGCUUCAUGACAUUGACACAAUAUUAGUGUCUGAACAUGUGAUUAUGUGUCAUAAUUGUUUCUGACUGAUAAGGUGAUGCAUUAACUAUGCACACACUGUGGUAGCUUACAUGGGUCAGCUGCAUAGGUCAUGUUGGCUGCAUGGAAGCAUUGAAAGUCUCAGACAAAAACAGUAAAACGUCUGUUUCUGAUUUCAGACAUUUGACAAAGCCAAGAUGUACAGCCGUGACCACACAAAGGUGAAGGAGCGUCAUGCAGCUUUAAAUCUAUCUUCAUCCUUAUUGUCAGGUGGUUUUUGAAGCAGUGGUUGGGGAGAAGCCAGGGAGAGAUAUCGCCCUUGACGACCUCACAGUCAUGAACGGUGCAUGUCCUCCACCAGGUAAGUGUGAGCUUUAACUUCUGAGAAAGAGAAGAAUCAGAUUUACAUGAUUUCUUUACAAAUCUGGGUCACUGUUCUCAGGUUUUUGUGACUUUGAAAUGGACCUGUGUGGUUGGGUGAGCAGUCCUCCUGCAGAGUCUGGGGUGGACUGGGACUGGCUCUCAGGCGAGAGUGGUGGUGUUUUGAUUCCAAAAAGAGACCACACCACAAAUUCAGCCCUGGGUGAGUGACGCACACUUCAACUAAAACUUUGAUCGGGUUUAUGAGUAUUAAUCCAAAAUAUGAUGUUCCUGUUCAUUCAAAAAGGCAGAACCUCUGAUACAUUGCGCAUCUUUUGCAGCUGUAUCAGUAUACACAGCACUGUCAGAAAACCUUUUCUUCUAGUUGUUUUCUUUUCUUUCUCUAGGCCACUUUGCGCUUUUCACUCCCUCUGAUUCUGAUCGAGAAGUGACUGCCAAACUGGAGAGUGAGACGAUGGAGGCUGUGGACCGCGCCUGUCUUGAAAUUUGGCACUAUGCCGGGGGGUGGACCGUUAAUGGUGAGUAUGGUCUUAUAUGCAGUGAUUUAGUUAAGUCAUGGUCACAGCUGAAAAAAAACAUAUGCCACUUUUUGACUAAGUUGGAUUAUACUAGCAAAUAAUGAAAAUACAGUAACUAGAGUAUCAGGGUGUACGCCGGUGCUCUGAUAUUCAUGUGAAGAAAGUAUCUACAGAAGCCUCCCAACAACCAGAAAUUCUGAUUAUCUGAUGAUGAGUUUUGGUGCUUCCAGUGCCCUCAGGCAUCACGCUGACAGUGUUUGUGAACGAGACUGCUGGACUGCAUCCUGUGUGGAGUACGAGAGGGUUCAUAAACAGCACGUGGAUCAGAGACAGGGUGGAUUACAAUGCAUCAGGACCACAUCAGGUACGGAUUAGAGAUUUCAACUACCAAUCGACUAAUCAGCAGGUCAGCUAGUCGGCAUUGUGGCCAAUUGUGUACUAGCCACGUUGAUGUGUUUAAAAAACACACUGUUAUUUUUUGAUGUUAUAUUUUUAGGUAAAAUUAUUUUCAGAGAGGGACAUCUUGCGUCACAGAAUAUAAUUUUCAUUUUGCACGAGAACUAUUCUUACUGUCUUACUAGUCGACUGCAACUUUCAAAUAAAAGUCCUAAAACCCUUGAAAGGGACUAAUAUAUGACUCUGUUUCAUCUCAAACUGUAGAUUAUUCUUCAAGCCACUUGUCCUGAGUCAGUGCAUGCAAGCUUUGCCCUGGAUGACGUCCACAUCAUCAGGGACUUGUCCUGUGAGGACUUGAUACCCACCACCACGCCAAUCCCUGCCACCACACCCACCACUCCCCCUGCCUCUGCCAUGGACUGCACCUUUGAACAAGGUGACUCUAUAUCACUAUAUGUGCAUAAACUUAAAAGCUUCCCCCCUUUAUGAAUUUUAAAACCAAGCAUUCACAAAAACUGAGAAAGUCAUGUUGUAGAAUACUUUCUUAAAAACUGAAAGCCCGUUUGUCUGUUAAGAUAAAUUCUAAUCUAAAAUCAACAAUUUAAGGUUGAUGAAACAUAUAAAUAUCCACUCAUGCUAACUUUAGCCUUUUUUUGGUACUGUAAAGCCAAUAACUUGUUGUGUAUGCACACCAUAUCCAGUACCUUACUAUCUUACACAACAGGUCUAUGCAGCUGGGUGCAGGAGGUCAAUGAUGAUUUGAACUGGACUCUCACUUAUGGACUUAAAGUGGAACAGCCGUGGGAUGGACCAGAAUAUGACCACACUGUUGGAAAUAAUCAAGGUACUGACUACUGCCGCACCGAUUUGUCCUAAAAACUGUCAUGACAGAGUGACAUUUGAUGUACAAAUAUAUUGUUUCUAGUAUUCAACAAGUGCUGAAAUUCACUCUAAUAAAGCUCAUUUGCAUAAACAGGGGUCUAUUUUGCUCCAGAUGAAGUUGAGACUCAUUUAAAUGAAUGCAAACAGCAGAGGUGCACAAUGACUAUUCAACCAGCUGUGAAGUUUGUGGAUAUCAGACAUCAGUUUAUCAACAUUAAAGGGAUAUUCUGGCGUAAAAUUAAGUUAGAAACACACCCCAACACUGAGUUAGACACCCCCUUGAGAGAUGUUCUUCCUUGAGCUGCGUCACCCCGCUUCAGUCGACAAGCGGCUGCUGGAAGAGAGUGGGUGAGUUGUGUUUAGUGUCUUUGCUGAAGAAAUUAGGCAAAGUUAAAAAGAUGUUUGAUGGCUAGUGAUGUUGCUGGGACCCUAUAUGUACUGUUGAUGAAGUUAGGUGCUGUUCUGAGCAUUAUUUGUGACUAUAGAGUGGCUUUUUGGUUGAGCGUGUGGCUCCUGUGACCGCUGUGUAUUGCUAUCGUGCGGUCGUUACUAAAGUUGGUAUAACUAGAGAAGCAAGCGGUCGACAACAUUCAUCUCUCGAGGCAGUGUCUAACUCAGUGUUACAGUGUGUUUGACCCUAACUUAAUUUUAUGCCGGAAUAUCCCUUUAAAAUGGGCAAAAAGAGCUCUGACUGUUUCUGGGCUGUGUGAAGUGAUUUUUCCUCACAGUCUGGUGGCCUCUCUGUAUUUUUUUUCUUUCUGCCCACUAAGGUUUCUUCUUACUGCUGAACGGAUCUGGGUCAAAGGACGAGGAGAGAGCUGUCGUCUCUGUUCCUGUCACCGAUCUAACAGCUCAGUUCUGUGUCCGAUUCUGGUACUACAUGCUCGGGCCUUCGGUAUCCAGCCUUGACCUAGUGGCUCAGACAGUAUGUGCUUUACCUCUCUAUUACUUCAGGGUUAUUUGAAGGGUUUUCGCUGUCAGGAUUGUGACUUUUUGAGCUGCUUUGGUUUUCUUUGUUGUAGAAAUCCUCUGAAGUGUUGGUGUGGACUCGCAGAGGGAGCCAGAAUUCAGAGUGGAUAAAUGCACAAGUAACCAUCAACAUGGAUGAUAUAACUAAGGUGAAAUGAAUCUUAAAACACCUAUUUAUUUGAUUUCUUCUCAAAUUUUCUUAUCAGUGGUGAUAUUUGAUGUUGUCCCCCCUUUGUCCUCAGGUCAUGUUCACCAGCCAUAGAAACACCAACAGUAAAGGAUUUAUUGCCAUAGAUGACAUAACACUGAGGGAGGGUUCCUGCAGUAACCAGGGUAUGUACAUGUUUCAUUGUGUUCACAGGAUGCUACAACAAACCAGAAAUCAUUGUGACUUUACCCUUUUUUUUCAAAUGACUUCAGAUUUGUGCGGGUUUGAUUCCAGUUUGUGCGGCUUUGAGACCGAUAUGGGACACAAAGGUCUCUGGGGUCGCAAAAAAGGCACGAAGGAUCAGGUGGACCACACCUACAGAACUGAAAAUGGUGAGCUGUACUCGGAGUGUGUAAUUAUGGCUGACCUCAGCAUCACUAGAUGACAGUUAUAAUAAUGGGAGCCAUUAUUUUAACACUAGUUGGUUGCCAAUCUGCGGUUUGAAACUUGGAUUAUGGAAUAUGAUACCGAAACUAUACCAUGCAUGACCAAAUCUACGAACCCCAUGUCAGUCCUGUCAGCUUCAGUGGGCUGUGUGUUGAAUUUUAACCACUCUUAGCAUACUAAUUCAACAGUAAGCUAGUGAGAAAUUUAACCAGCUCAGAAAAAGCAGGUUUGCUCUUUGACUGUGGGGAGAUACAGACUGAAACAGCUGCUAGUGUGGCAGUUAAUCUGGGUCUGUAAUAUAUGCUCUAUUUGAAGCAGACAAAAUUGGCUAAGGCAUGACAUGACCGCAUUUGAAAACCAUUAACGAUGUCUCUGUUGUAGGUUUCUACAUGACUGUCAUGGAAUCGAACUCCACACAGAUCGAAGUCGCUCAGCUGCUCACGCCUCCUCUUACCUCAGACUCUGAGAUGUGUGUGCGUUUCUGGUGAGUCUAGAGCUGGAUUGACACACGUUGCUGUUGUCUGAUGUGCAUGUUGAUGUCCAUGUAUGUAUUAUAUUGUUUUAGGUACUGGAUACCUGCAGGGCCGUCUAACAGCCUCUCUGUGCAUGUGAUGCGAAGUGGAGAAACAGGGGAUGCACUUUGGCAGCGAUCUGGAGUGCCCUCAGCAGGCUGGGAGGUUGCAGAGGUCACUGUGUCCUCCCCUGCAAGUUUCUAUGUAAGCUUGUCUUCAUGGUGAUCCUUAUACUUUCUGUCACAUUUUUUUCAGUUUUCUUUGUGAUGCUGCUUUCUGAAACAGUCCGUGUCGUUGAACAGGUGGUGUUUAAAGCAGCCCAUGUGCCAGGCUCUGACUCCACAGUGAAAUUAGACGACGUCUCUGUGAAAGACGGGGCCUGCAGCCCUCCUGGCAGCUGUGACUUUGAGUCUGGCCUGUGCACCUGGAUGAACACCCGCAAAGAAGAUGGUCAUGACUGGGUGCUGGCCAGUGGAGGUUUACAGGGGCCACCAACAGACCACACAACACAGACCCCAGAUGGUAAGACUUUGACUACAUCUAAAGAGUGGGAUCAACAGCUCAAAUUUAGUUCUGAUAUGAUCUUACAAGACAAAAAACACUGUCCCCCUGCAAAUACGGUAGCAUAAUAACUGUAACUGUUGGUGUUUGUCUUGGUUUGUGAACUUCAUGGAGGUGAAAUUACUUCAUAUAUCUGAAAUACUUCAAACUCAGGGUCCAGUAGAUGAUUUUUGUCGGGUUCUUCUGCUGUUGCUCCUCUUAGCUAAGUUUUAAUUUACUUAACUGUUUUGCUCAGGGAUGGAAAUUGAAAAGGUUUUUUAUUUUUUUUUAAUCGAUCCAAUACUUCAUCUGUUCCCAAUGUCAACAAUACAUUUACUUUUGGCUGAAAGAAAUAACGUCUUUCUUAUUUUUGCUCUCAGGUCAGUUCAUGUUGAGCUCAGCACUUCACCAGACCCGCAGAAGUGUGGCUCAGGCUGUGUCCGAAUGGAUCCACCUGAGAGACCCCACCUCAUGUCUCAUGCUUUGGUACCAAAUGAAUGACAGGUCCGUAAAAGACAACUACAAACUUCUGGCUUUUACACUUCAUACAGUCUGUGACAACGCAGAGGAUGCCCUCCAUCCGCUUCAUCCAGUUUAGUUUCCUCAUCGACUUCCUCAGGAAGUGUGCACAAAUGUCCUUUAGUCAUGAAUCACCUGCCUCCCUUUGUGCAAGAAGAGGACUGUUCUGUGGCAGAGUUCACUCUUUACACAGAUCUGUGUCAGUCCGAUUAAAAGACCCUGUAUUAGAUCUGUACCCAAAUUUAAGGGUUGGAGUUACAAAAUGCCGCAAUCUGCUCCCAGAGAUUUUUUUUUAUAAACAACACAGCAAAUAGUAUCAAAUCUAAAAGCAUAAAAUACACACCGGGCCUGACAUUGAGAUGGGAGUUCUCAGACAUUGCUAGAUUAAAGGGAUAUUCCAGCGUAAGAUUAAGUUAGGGUCAAACACACUGUAACCAAGUUAGACACCCUGUCGAGAGAUAAAUGUUGCCGACCGCUUGCUUCUCUAGUUAUAUCAACUUUAGUAACGACCGAAGAUAGCAACACAGAGAGCCAUGCGCUCAACCAAAACGUCACUCUAUAGCCACAAAUAAUGCUCAGAACAGCACCGAACUUCAUCAACCGUACACAUAGGGUCCCAGCCAUAGUACUAGCCACCAAACAUCUUUUUUUAGAUUAAACACAACUCACCUACUCUCUUCCAGCAGCCGCUUGUUUGUACGGAGACCGCCAGGCGAGUCCAUUGACUGCAGUGGGGUGUCACAGCUCAAGGAAGAACAUUUGUGAUCAUUUCUUCAUGGAAAUGCAAUCAGACCGAGACGCUUAGGCAGAAGAACUACCGCGUCUGCAGUGCAAAAUGAUGAAUAUGAUGAUUAUUACUUAAAGGAAAUGAUAAAUGUGGUCGUGACUAAAGUUGGUAUAACUAGAGAAGCAACAUUCAUCUCUCGACGGGGUGUCUAACUCAGUGUUACGGUGUGUUUGAUACUAACUCAAUGAAUAUCCCUUUAAGAGGCAGGUUACCCAUGAGUACGAGCAACAGGUGUUUGAUUCUCCUCUAACGUAGGGCAGUCUGUACCUGAGAGGAAAGAUUAGGUGUGAAAUUGUCUGGUAGAGUAUAAACAUAAUCCCACCGAUCAAGCAUAAAAAACUGAGAUCCCUGUUGGAUCUUUUUUUUAUGCCAAAGGAGAGAAACAGAUAAAUGAUUUCCAACAUUUCCAGUUUCUUUCACUGAUAAAAGUCCUGAAGUGAUGAAUGAUACUCUUUGUGUUGUCUCUCAGUGACUCUGGGACUCUGAAGGUGUAUAUGCGUUCAGGAUCUUCAGAGGAGGAUCUGCUGUUCAACAGCAGCAGCAGUGGACGUAGCUGGACCAGGUUUUCUCAGACUUUAGAGAGCAGCACACCUUUGCAGGUAAACUUAGACCAACUGGAAUAAAGAUGAGAGGAAGAAUUUUAUUAAUGACAUUCAAAGAUUUCUAUAAUGAAUUUACAGCUGCGGAUUGAAGCAGAGACCAACACCAGAGGGUUUAUUGCUGUGGAUGACAUCAGCGUCACACCAGGCCUUUGUCGAGGUAAAGAUAAGCUUUUUUAUUUGAAACAAUCUCGUUUAUCAGUAAAAGUUUGAGAAUGAAUAAAAUUUCUUUCCUUUAGUGAAUGAAACAACUUCAGGAUUUGUUGGUUGUUCGUUUGAAAACGGCACAUGUGGCUGGGAGGACAUCAGCGAUGGCCAGCUUCAGUGGAAGAGAGGAAGGAAUGCUACUGGGAAUACUGGACCAACGGUGGACAACACAGUGGGAAGUGAACUGGGUAAGACCACAUAAUUCAUUCUCCAUGACUUCCUCUUUUUAAUCACCAGUUGUUUGUAGCAAUUAUCUUUUUUUAAGCUCAUCAGUUCAGUCCAAGCGAGACCAGAUAAUGCCUAGACCUUUCAUGUGGGGGUUCUUUCAGGUUGGUACAUGGCUGUGGAGUCUGACCGAGGACCUCAAAUGAGCCCAGCAGCCAUUCAGAGUCCCACCAUGAAACAAGCCAGCAGCACUUGCACACUUCACUUCUACUACAACAUGUUUGGAGAGGGUAUGUUCUGGAUUUAAGAGCGUGUUUUUGUAUUCUCAAUAUGUGACACAUUAUGAUGAAGUCUCUAACUAUGAAUCUGGAUACAGACGCAGAAAAACUGAAUGUACUGCUAACAGAGGGCUCCAGAAGCACCACGCUAUGGUGGCUUUCUGGUAGCCAUGGAGAUUCAUGGCGCCACGGCGAGGUCACAGUUGGGCAAAUCUCUCAGGACUUCGCCAUCCAGUUUGAAGCCUCCAGAGAGUUCAACAAGCCGGGACACGUAGCUAUAGAUGACAUAAGCUUCACAAACUGCACUCUGCCAGGUGAGUCACCUGCUCGGCUCUUAGAUUUUCUCAGCUGCCUUUUUAUUUUCAGUCUGAUUUACUGUCUUGAAAUCUGAUUUGGUUCCCUUUGUAGAACCCCAGCCUCAGUGUCCAGAGGAUAUGUUCAAGUGCAACAACAAUGUGUGUAUCAAGCACAGCCAAGUGUGUGACUUCAGCAAUGACUGCGGGGACGGGUCUGAUGAGAACAACUGUGGUGAGAUCUCACAAUCGUUGAAGGCUUGAAAAUGUGAACAUCAAAGGGCGGCAGUAGCUCAGGGGGUAGAGCAGUCGGCCAAUAACCGGAAAGUUUGCGGUUCGCACCCUGCCCCAGGCAAGACACUUAUCCCACCUUGCUCUCAGUGUGUGUGUCCUCCACUGGUGUAUGAUUGUGAGUGUUGUGUGGUGGUUGGGGGGCCAUAGGCACAAACUGGCAGCCACGUUUCAGUCUGUGACGGGCAGCUGUGACUACUAAGGUAGUUUACCGCCACUAAAGUGUGACUGUGAGUCAAUGAAUGAUGUAUCCAGUGUAAAAUGCUUUGAGGUCACUGAAAAAAAGCACUAUAAAAAAUCUGAUGCAUUAUUAUUAUUAUUAUUAUUAUUAAAAGUGGGAUAAAGUGAAACCUUUGAUAACAGAGAAUUUGUCGAUUCUGUUCAAAAUUAACCGAGGCUGACGAUGAAACCUGUAAAACGUUCAGCAGUCCGCUCCCCUCAUGCUGUCACUGAGAGGCCGCCACAAUCCAAGUCCAGUAAAAAAGUUUAUCCUUAAACAUCAUAUCCAUAAAGUUGCUUGGAUUACUCCACAUUUACAGAGGCCAUAUAGUUAUGCUCAAGCUGUCUCCGAUCCAUCUUCCCAUGUAAGCGCUGGUUUGGAUCCUUCUUCGUAUAACCUCAGCAUAAACGCUCCUUUUUAGAGAUCACACUGCAAAUGAUUUGGUUCUUACAAAGACAAAAAAACUUUAGAGUUUAGAAGUGUUCAAUAUAUUUUUUUUAAUUUUAAGUGUUUAACUUUACACUAUAAUCUUAUAUCAAGCACAGCUUUAUCUUUUUUGUCUCGAAUAGGCAGGAAAUCUUAAAAUGAGGAAAAUAACUGUUAAAAUAAGUUAUAUUCCAUCUUUCUCCCAAAGUCUCAUAAAAGGGAAUCUUGUUUUAAAUUUUAAGAAACAAACCCAAGUUGCUUGAUUCAAGAGUUAAACAAAAAGCAUCUAGAAAAAGAGUUUAUUGCUCUGAUUUCAAGCAUUUGAUGACCAAUGUUUGUAAAACUAGCACAGGGAAUACAAAACAGGAAACAGGCAAACUCAUUUGACCCAGCAAGAGCCCUCUCCUCCUGAUCCCAACUUUUGAGCUUUUUUAACAUGGAGUCUAGAAAAUGUUGUUUGUUUCUCCAGUGUGAUUCUUUGAACAUGAGUGAAAACACAUUCACAUAACUUUUCUGUCCUGCUCUCUUUGUUCUUAUGACAACAACGUAGAGCAACAAGGUUUUGAGGAGAGCUGCAGCUUCGAGCAGGGCCUGUGCUCCUGGGCAGGAAGUGACGUGGACACGCCCGGAGCUGAGUGGACCCGUCACAUAGGACAAGAAGCCUGGCCUGAAUACGGGCCUAAUAGGGAUCACACUCAAAACUCUGCUGCAGGUAUCAGACUCUUAUCGAGUUGAAAAAUCCUAAUAGAGCUGAAUAGAUGACGUCCUCUGUAAUUCAACUGUCUGUUUUAUUCAUGCUCAUCAGGUCACUACAUCAUCCCUGGGUCUCACCUACCAGAGAAGAGCCAGACGUCAGAGAUUCUGUCCAAAACCUUACUGCCCAGCUCCAAUUGCAUUGUGAGUAUAUCUGCUUUUGUCAAGCCAUGUGUACAGAAGCGAUCUCAGGUUGGUGCAGAGUUGUGUUCACUUGACAUGUCUCUGAUUUUAUCCAUGUAGGUGAGAUUCUUCUACUUCAGCCUGGAUGAUACCACAGCUAGACUGACGACUCAGCUCAGGACCCAGAAGUCUGGUAGCGAUGACAAAAUGUUGUGGCUCAGAGAGGACUUACAGUCCUACAGCUGGCAGAGAGCAGAGGUCAUGUUCACCUCCUCUGUGAUUAGCAAAGUAAGCAAGAUCACAAACAGAUUAUUCGAGUAGAGAUAAAGCUUCAGACAGCAGGACCUUCAUUGAUUGAUAUGUUCCCAGAUUGUUAUUCAGAUUUACGUAAACCUGAAGAGUUUUUUGGGGUCAGAUUGUGUUUUUAUUUUUUUUAUACGAUGUCCUUCUCAGAUUGUUUUCAGAUAUGAACGAGGCGAUGAUCCCAGAGGGCUGGUUGCAUUGGACGACAUCUCUUUCUCCAGAGACUGUUUAUUCGACCCCGACAACAACAAACUGCCGGAAAUUUCAUCCACCUCUGCACCAGCUACAUCCUCCAACCCGCCCACUUCUCCACCAGUCAAUCCCUGUCAGGUAAACGACUCCACAUCAGGGAUUCAUGACAGCAAAAAGCAAUCUGUGAAACUGAAGAACUGUCAUAUAACUUUUCUGUGUGUUGCAGGAUGAUGAGUUCUUCUGUUGGCGUUCAGAAGUGUGUAUUUCUGCCGCUUUACAAUGUGAUUAUAAACCCGACUGUGAACACGGUGAAGACGAGGUUUGCUGUGGUGAGCUUGGAGUUACUUUUAUUUUAACCGUUCAAAACCCGUUCGAAACAGUGAAAGGCUGGAGCUUGUGAACGUGUAAGCUAUAUAUAGGAGGCGAGGGUAUAUAUUUUUGGUGACAACUUCUCUUCAUUCAGCUCUGCCAAAGCUUGCAGCAUGUUUUGUCUGUCAGCCUCGUAUCUUUUUUUCCUCCUUUUGCAGUUUCUGCUCUGAUGGGCUCAUCUAGUUUUUUUUUUUCCAGUCAGCCAUUAAUCAUGAAUCCUCACAGAAAAACUGAAAGGGAAUUGUGACCAACAUUUAUACUGACCAAAAACUGAAUACUCAGAGGUGCCAUGCAUUAUGUCUCAAUGCGGCCACACAUAGAUGUAGAUUAAAUAAACCCUGGGCCUGUAAUUCAGCUAAUAAUGGCUGAAAACUAAUAACCUGUAAUACACCAACCUAACCAAAGUGAAACAAAAGUUUGCCAAUCCUCUAAUUCGAACUGUGCACAUUUUUGAAGCAAAAGUUCACCCACAGGUUAAACUUCUCAGCAAGAAAAUGUGAAAAGUAUCAGAUUCGUCUGAAAACAUUCCUCCGAGAAAUGUGAUUCAUGAACCAGUCUUCACCUCCCUUUUCCUCUGCAGUGUCACUCAAGUUUGGCUCUAAACUUUCAGGUUCUUGCACAUUUGAAGGGGAUCAGUGCAAAUGGAGCGACACUGGAGCCGGACAGAGCAGGUGGCAGCGACAGAAAGCCAGUAACAACACUGAGCCGCCCACUGAUCACACCACAGGCACAGGUGACUUCAGGCUGAGAAGUCUUUUGUCCUGUUGUCCAAUUUUGUGAAUCAGCAGGACAAAUCAAAUGUAGAAUCUUAAACUAAUUCGUACUUUAGAUUCAGCUUUGCUAAACAGAUUUUUUAAAAUUAUUUCAGGCUAUUACAUGAGGGUGAACUUCACUCAGGGCUCCACACAAAGUGAAGCUCGUCUCCAGAGUCCCACACUCUCUCCUUCAUCCCUCUACUGCCAGAUUCAGUAAGUUAUAAUCAAGAGAGUUACAUCCACAGUGCUCCUGUAUCACUCCACAUAUAUUUACAUUUAUUUUUUAUAAAACAAAGUUGAAUAACUUAAGUAUGAAUUGCUCAACGUUUCCCCACUGCCCUUGCUUUUCUGCCACGCAACUCUCUUCCCAAUCCAACACUCUCCCCUUCUUCCUUCCUCCUUUCCUGAGUGCAGGUUUCACUUCCACAUCAGCGCAGAGAGUGCUGGGUCACUCAGAGUGCUUAUGCAGCAAGCUGAGGGGAGUGAAGCAAUCCUGUGGUCACGCAGUCACAACACAGGCUCCCACUGGACCCCAGAGCAGCUGCCACUCACCCUGCUGCACCAGGAGACUCAGAAGGUGUUUACAGUUGCAUGUUAAUACAGAGAGAAGCAUGUGCAAGAAAACUGAAUCUAGGCUUUGGCUUACAUUUAUGCAGAUUAAAUUGGAACAUGUAAAAUUAUAUAAUUAAGUCUCACAUUGUUGUGUUGUGCUAAAAAUAUUUCAUUACAGUUUUUUAUCAGUCAUUGCCCACCACAUUUGUAUCAAAAACUCACUCUGAUUGAUACAAAAUAUGCCAAAAACAAAAAACUGUGAUGUUAAAUCCAUAUUUUUACAUUUCCUGAGCACUAUCAAAAAUGCAGAACUUAUCUAUAAGUCUGUUGUGUCGGCUAAUUGUGCCUAAAAUCCCCCAAAAUAAGUAUAAAAAGGAGUUUGAGAUGCAAAAAUCAGCAGUGUUUGAUUCUCGUUUAAUGCUGAGGACCCUGAUUCUGAAAAACACUUAAAAAAAUCUCCUCUCAGGUUUGGUUCACUGCAACUGGAGCUGGAGAUAACAUUAUUGCCGUUGAUGAUAUUUCUUUUUUGAACUGUGAGAAAUCCUAUCAGCCGCCAGGUAAAUAAGACUUCAUCAGCACCACAUGACCACCUGAUAGACUUCAUAAAUUGUCUCCAUGUUUCACUGUCAUGGCGGUACCGUGGCUCAUUCCUAAACUCCUUCUCCUCCUCAGCUCUGUCUGCCUGUGGCUGUUCUUUUGAAGACGGUCUGUGUGAUUGGGUUCAGGGGGCUGCAGAUGAGUUGGACUGGCUCGGAAGGUCCGGUCCCACCGAAACCCCAAACACCGGGCCUGCAGGAGACCACACCACCGGAAAAGGUCACUCUAGGUUUAGACUCUUUAUUGGUUUCCAGCAAGAACUUGAGAUGGAUUUGUAAAAAAGAAGAUAAUGUGCACUUAUAGAUAACAGUCUGAACAGACAUUCCCUCUGUUCUGACUGUUCUUUCUAAGAAUAAUCGGAACAGAGGAAAUGAUGAUUUCGGUAAAAUUUACCAAGUGGUGUCGGUAUUUCUACAGAAGCCACCAACGCCAACGAUUGGAAAUUACUGACACAUGGGAACAAGUGAAGAGGAGGUUUAAUGACUGAAAUCUGACUCAUUUAAGUCGCUAACUCAGCAACUUUGUUCGUCUGAAGUACAGAAAAACAUUCACGGAAAAAUCCAAACUUUUGCUUUUAAAUUCACCAAGAGGACUGAAGAAACCAGCAAGCAAAGAAUAAUUACGCAACAAACAGUGACCGUUUGUUUGGCAGUGAUUCAUAACCUUAAGGACAUGGCACGAUGAAAUUGUGGAGCCGUACAACGGCCUACCGAUCAAGAAAAAAACAAAAACUCUGCUUCAAAGAAGUUUCCUGUUUUGUGAGACACGGGAUUAAAAAGUGUUGAAAUGCAGUUUAGAUCACGUCCUCAAAGCUCAAAACAAAAUAAUGCGUUAGAAAUAGUCAAGAGUGCAUAUUUUUGUUUGCAUAAACCGAUGCUUGUUUUGUUUUACAGGGAAAUAUCUUUACAUCAAAAGUUCCCCGCCAAGUGUGAAGGAAAAUGUGGCCCAACUGAAGUCUUUACUGCUGCCAUCUGCUGGUGAAAAAGGAUACUGUUUCAGGUUUUGGUACCACAUGUUUGGAGCAACUGUGGGCUCCUUGAGGAUGCUUCUCCAAACAGCAGAUCCCUUCAAGAAAACACCGGUAAACAUGCUGGAAAUCAAAGUGCUAUCACUUUAUUAGAAAUGAAGUGAAGAGACAACAAAGGUCAGAGAAGGCCACCUUUUUUUUCCAUCAAGAAAUCAGUUUGAGUCCAGCCCCGUAACUUCCCGUUACUUCUUCAGAAAAACAGCUCUGAGGUUGAUUGAGAAACAUUUGUGACUAUUCCCACGUGGUUUUUUUUCUCUCUUUCUCUUAUAAACCUUUUUUUGGUUGUUGUGAAAUGAAGAUUGCAAAACGACAUUAAUGCAUUGUAUAAUGGGUGCAAGCUGCACAGUUUGAGUGCAUACACAGUGUUGCAAAAACCUCUUCACAUCCUCAUCGAGAUGAGUGAUUCAGCCUCCUGUCUUUCCUGUAGGUGUGGCAAAAAUCAGGAAACCAGGGGGAUGAGUGGCAGCUGAUGCAUAUCCACGUGACCCUGCAGAAAGUUCACCAAGUGAUUCUGGAGGCCUCAGUGGGAGGAGAGGUGGGAGACAUAGCCAUCGAUGAUAUCUCCCUCAGUGGUGGACCAUGUCCGGCCUCAGGUAACAGGACCAAACCUGAUGGAAAAACAUGCACCUAACAUGUUGGCUCACUUGAUGAGGCAAUAUUUUUCUGUUCACUUACUGGCCUUUUUAAAGGUUUGUAAGAGUAACUAGGAAAAGAGAAGUUUCCCUCCUUUAAUUGACUCUGCAACAUAAAGUCAAAUUUCCAAGUCCAGUCUGUGUUGCUGGUUUUGGUCUUUUGGUGGGAUUUUUUAUGACAAGAAAAAGGUUGAUUUGCAGAUGUUAGACCCUCCAGUUUGGACCUUACAGAUAAAAAUAAUUAACUAACAGUAGGGGUAAAGAAGCAACGCUUUCUAGCUGUUUAGCUUCAGGUUAAAUCUUCAGAGGAUUUUUGUACAAAGCAACAUACAUCUGAGAGUAAGUCCAACACAAAGCAAGGAUCCAGAUAGGAGGGAACAAACCUUUUUAGUCCCACAAACUGCUUCAAGUACAGUUGCACACAGGUGAAAGGUAGAAAGGGACUGUGCAGGUCGAAUAGAGUCAGGUCGUUCAUUCACCACUAAGAGCUAAUGAGAAGAAGAGUCUGGCUGAUGACUUUAAGGUCCUGAUGUGAUGAGAGCACCAGGCUUCCUUGUGUUGGAGGAGUGUAGCAGGUAGUAUGUAAGAGCUUUUUUCACUGUUUUGUUCACAAAUAUUGAGGUUUUGAAUUUGUUGCUAGUGGCAACCAGUGAAGGGAUUUGAACAGCUGAGUACCAUGCUGUUGUAGACUGUCCCUGAAGCAGACAGUCAGAGUCUGACUCACAUCCUUUCACAGCUUGUCAUUUCCCUCUUUCUUUUUUCUCAGUCUUCUACACCAUCCACUGCGCAAAAUCAGAAAACAGAUAUUUUUCUCAUAUGAAUGAAGAUGGUUAUGUUCGCACAGUAUCUUAAGAGUGUUAUGACCUGAGCCGUUUUCCUUUAUAUCAAUGAAUUCAUGUCGCUGUUUGAUACUCUUUCCUAAUUUUCCUUUUAGAUCUGUGUGAUUUUGAGGAGGGGAGCUGUAACUGGCAGCAGCAGACUACAGAUGACUUUGACUGGGUCAGACAGUCAGGCCCGACCUUUAACCCCAACACCGGGCCAGACAGUGAUCACACCACAAACACACCCACAGGACACUACUACGUCUUGCCUUCCUCUGAGGCCGACCUCAGCGGCCAGACAGCAAGGAUGUCCUCCCCGCUUUACCCUGCAGGUGAGACCAACCAGGAGGGCAUCCUUGUACUGCCAAAGGAACAAAUAACAACCUCAAAAUGCAGCGUUCACUGACAGUCUGCCAAUCCAGAGUCCUCAACGCAAACAUUCAAGUAAUGCAGUGUGAUAGGAGGGUCAGACUGACUGUUUUUAGUGCCUUUGUGUCUUUCAAUUUCUUUGCUUCGUCUAAGUGACACUCUUAGCCUGUAAAAGUUGUGGAGAAAAUAAAGUAUUUCUAUCUAAAAUAGGAUGAGAUGCAAAGUAAAAAAAAAAAAAAAAAGAUAAAACACAAGAACCUUAAACGUGUUUCCCAAUAAAGUACUGGAUGAAAUUUGCUGCAUUUUUCAGGGGAUAGAAAUAAAGAAACGGUGCACUCUACACUCUUAAAUCACAUUUGGUCCUUCAGGUAAAGGAGCCUGCGUGCAGCUGUGGUUCCACAUGUACGGUGCCGGCAUGGGGUCACUGAACAUUUACCAGCAGAGUGAAGAUGAGAAGCAAGUUCUGAUUUUCUCUGAGACUGGAGACCAGGGCCAGCUGUGGAGGUUUGCACAGGCUUCACUUGUGCCCCGGAUUCAGCCUUACAGAGUGAGUCACAAAGAACCGCCUACUGUCAGGCAAAGAUAGACCCACUUUCAUUACAAGAGAUAUAAACGGAUAAUGGUAGGAAGUAAGAGAUUGCUUUGACUCAAAUACUCUCCUCAAGAACAUUUUAGAGCCACUUCGUGCUCAUUAUUGGGGCACAGAGUAAAUUUUGCCCUCAAGUUCAUCAGGUGGUCAUAGACACACCUCAAACUUACUUAUUUUUAGUUUCCUCAGGUUUUACAUUUGUUUGAAUCUUUAUUAACUCAUGUAACGAAUCUUUAAAAAAGGAAAAAAGGAUGAAUGUUCAAUGUUUCUUAACUCCUAAAGCUUUGAGUCUGUUGCUGUUGCAUAACAAGACCGGAACAAAGAUCUCAAUGACAUCUGAAACUCCUAUUUUUGCUGCAUAUUAAUACACACAGAACACUGUUACUAUGGUAACACACUUUGUGUCUCAGAUCGUAGUGGAAGGUGUGAAGGCUGGCCCCACGCAGGAGGGAGACAUGGCUUUUGAUGAUGUUCACUUGACAGACGCUCAGUGUCCUUCUCAUGGACAUUGUGACUUUGAGGUCAACAUGUGCAGCUGGACCAACCUGGGGCCAGAAGUCGACCAGGGGGACUGGCUCAGAGGGCGAGGGGGCUCCCAGAACCCUAAUACUGGACCAAGUGUUGAUCACACCACAAACUCGACAGAUGGUAAAAAUAUGUCCUUUUAACUCUGAGCCCAGUUUAUAGACGGGUUUCUGUGCAACGUCAUCGCAGGUAUGCAUGCGCAGCCAGGGGGCAGAAAGCGGGAUAUUUCUUAUUUGUUUACUAGCGGAGUCAACGGAGAAAGAAAAUGACAAGGAGCUGUUGUGCUGUAAACUGCAUGAAUCGGCAAAACAAACAAUCUGCAAACAUUACGACCCUGCUCCUGAUAUUAGAAACACCUAAAGCAACGUCACAAUCUGGUAAACUGAGCAAAAUUCAUGGACAUUUCAGUGUCCAUCAAGUGUUUUUCUGAUUUUGAUGCAAUGAAAGACAAAGCGAUUUUUCAAUGAAAUGAUAUUUUAUUGCAAUUGUGUCAGGGAGAACUUGCAAACAAUAUGACAUCUUCAUUGAUAUCAGUUCACUCCGAAGCAGGCUUUUGACUCCUGGUUACACGCACACCUAGUAUCGUUUGUACACAAGAAAUCCGUCUUAAGAAAUCUGCAGAAACGAGGUCACGUCAUGUAUGUCAUGACAGCAUUUAUCUACAGCUCAGGUGUAAAUUCAUGCGAAAACAUCACCUCCUUUUAAUGAAGUCUGAAGAAAGGAACUGUUCUCCUGUUUUACAGUAUUUACAGCAACAGUAGCAUUCAAUUGAGUUUGUGUUUAAGGCCUCUUGAUAAAUUAAGGAGCAAUUUUUUUGUCUUUUAGUGCUGAAUUAACAGACUCUACUCUGCCCUCUGGCUCGACGCAAACUUUGUGCAUCCUCAGUCUGGAGCUGCACCAGAACUCAUAGAGAACUCAUGAGAGAACCAUAAGAGUAGAGCUGUGAACCAUAAAUCAAAACCAUAAACUGAGUGUUCAAUCUCUACCUAUUUGGGAUGACAUGCAAACUUACCAAACACAUCAAAUGGGUCAUUUGAUCAAUAGUUUUGUUCAAUUUCCUGGUCCUGAAGGUAUCAGCCCAUCGUGUCAUGUUCUUGUGAUGCCUGGGCUCUUGUAGGCUCUUAUAGCCUCCUUAAGGUUCUUAUGGUUUCUUGGGAUGUACUAGUUUAUUAUGUUUGGGUUCUUGAUGUUCUGGUUGAAUUUUUUUGUUGGGCUCUCUUGAUGUUGCGUUCUUGUGCUUUGUUCAAUUACAUGCUUACUUGUCUGUUUAUAAAAAUGACAUUUUAAAUAAUUUUAUUGGUAUUAUUGUCGUUGUUUUCUGUCAGGUUACUAUCUGUACGUGGACAACUCAGUGGGUGAGUGGGGAGACAUGUCUUAUGUGAUCAGUGAUGUGCUCCAGCCGACCACUAGAGGUCACUGUCUGACAUUCUGGUAUCACAUGUACGGCAGCCAUGUCGGUACUCUCAGAGUUUACAUCAAUGACAGGUAACUUAGUUUUAAUGUCUUCUAGAUCAAAAAAAAAACUUAGCAUGGUCACAUUUUUUAGGACAUUUAUGCUAAAAUUAUUCUGUAUAUUUAGAAACAUGCACACUGGUGGCAACGAGGAAGGGACGCUGAAGUGGAUUGAGACAGGAGGCAAAGGAGACAAGUGGCAACAGGCUAGAGUGACAAUAAAACAUGAAGAACCAUUUUGGGUACGAAUGAUCUUAUUUAUUUAAAUUUGAGAGAGUUGUUUGCGUUUGUUUAACCUUUUUGGUUUCCAUUAUUUUGUUUAGAAGUCAGCUAUUCUUGAAACAACUCACAUGAGAAUCCUACUUACAGUAAAAAUGAUUAAUUUUGGAUGUUUGAAGAAUUUACUGUUUUUCUGAAACCUUUGCUUUAUAUUUGUUAAGUUGUUAAAGUUGUUUUCUUGUUCCAGUUUGUGUUUGUGUAUCAGAGGGGAAUGACCACAGGUGGGGACGUUGCUCUUGAUGACAUCAUUAUCUCCCCUGGCGAAUGCGAUUUAGAUCCAGUUGGCCCGCCUGGCUCUAAUAAUGGUAAACUGAAUGUCUCCUUGACUUCAAAACAAUUAACAGCUGUGAGGUGUUUAUAGGAAAGAGAAGCAAGACCCAUGAUCUGUUUUUUCAGUGACUGGAUUUUAAUUUAUCUGACAAAAUACAGACUUUCAAAGACAUAAUCCCUGUCUAGACAUAGCGGAAAAAAUAAAUAUAUCAAAUAUGUCAAAGUUUGGGGUUCAACUUUAGCUGUUAUUGAACAGACUUACUUAAACUACAUUUAAUGAAAAGUUUGACUCAGUUGUUUGAGUCUGAUGUUUUUCAUUUUGUCUCGUUUCAGUGAACUCAAUUGAAAGUGUGAUCAUCAUCAGUACUCUUAGAUUUCCCUUCCUUGUGUAAUUAUAGUGGUUUUUGGUUUAAGUACUGACAUGAGACUUAUCUAAAAUCACCCUUGACUCUUGAAAAAGUUUCCAACUGUUAAGUAUUUGGUUAAAGUCAACAGAUUUUUAAACCUCAGUGUUGACCAUUUGUCUUUUUGUCUGCAGAGAAGUUUGUGGGUCUGGCAGUUGGUUUGUCUCUUCUGGCUGGAGUCGUCAUCGCCAUCUUUCUCUUCAUACUGAACAAGAAGUGGAAAACAAUGUACUUACCUGAAAAGGAAAACUACAACCAUAAACAUACUUAACAUAAUCCUUGUAAGUACACAAAAAUAUGUGGCUUUAUGGUCGCUUACAUUUCUGCUUGUUUGUCUCAGAAAUGAGGGGAUACUGAAGGAGGACUUCACUGACCAGGUCUCUAACAUUGACCUCAUUGAGAGCCAAACAGAUGUGAGUUAGCACAUAUAUAUAAUAUAUUAAAUUUCACAACACUCAGAUAUUAAGAAAAUUUGUUUUCUCACAGGACACACAACAUGAAUCUCACCUCUCCUUCCCCAACAAUCUGUAUGAACCAUCAUCGAGUCCAGCUGAUGCCACUGCGAUUGCAUCUGAUGCGUAGUGUAAAUUAACAACUUUAACUAAACAAAUGAAACACAGUCAGUUUGUAGAUAAUGCUGUUUUUCUCUGGGAUGUUGCUCUUCAUUUUACAAUAUGAAACAGCUAAUAAAAUACUGGAAAAUAAACCUAUUUAUUUCAAUAUUUAUAAUUUUAUUAUGAAUUCUGCCAAGCAGAAAUACAUACCAACACACCUUAACUUGAAUGUCAAUCAGUUGUACCUGUGUGAAAUUUUAUGUAUUUGUUGUUAAUGUGCAAGCAGAAUCGCUUCUCCUGUUAAACAAAUAAUGGUGUAAGAUGAGCAGUAAACAAUAAUCAAGUGUUUUUUGGCAAGAUUUGUACUGUUGUCAUGAAAAUAAAGAAUAUUUUGAUUAAACUUAAUGUUUGGUUAUCAAGUAAAGCUCUGUCAUGAGUUGUGUAAUGAUAAUUGUAUAUAUAUAUAUGUGUGUGUGUGUGUGUGUGUGUGUGUGUGUGUGUGUGUGUGUGUGUGUGUGUGUGUGUGUGUGUGUGUGUGUGUGUGUGUGUGUCCAAAUGUGAGUGUGUGAGUAUCUGCGUGGGUGUCUCUGCAUGUGAAAGUGAGCAUGUACCUGUGUGGAUGUACCUGUGUGGGAGUGUCUGUCUAAUUGCAGGAUGCCCAGCACCUGCAGCUACAGCUGCAACAAAGGGAGCAGAGGACAUGUUGCUCAUUCCCUCUCAUUCUCAGCCCAGAGUGACGUUCUGCAGUGGAGCAGCAGCAGCCUUAGUGUGAUUUUCUCAAUAGUGAUUGGAAAAGUGAUUUAUCUUUGUUUAGACAUAUUGGUGUCUCUUUUAUUUCCCUUUGGUGAGAUUUUGUAGCUGUCACCUGUUAUUGAGAGGAUCGCUUUGUGUUAUAAUUAUUGUCAUCCUUAGUUUUGUGAGGAUUGAUUUACAUUUGUGGUAGUGCUGACCUAAGUGUGGUUAUUAAAAUACUUGCGUUAUUGCA